AACCACCAUAAAAAUAAAAUAAAUAAAACAACAUAUGAGUUUGCUUUUGAUCGCAUCAUCAUCAUCAUCGAGAGAGCGAUUUCUGUUUUCGUGCUAUUGCUUCCCUCUUUCCAUUUCCGUCUCUACAAUAGAAGCUCAUCACCGUCUUCGUUUAUUGCUGUGCUCAAUUUCAACUAAAUAAGAGAAAAGUGCUUGAACGACGAGAGUUGAUUUGAUCGAUGGCUACAGUGGGAGUAGAAGUGAAACAAGCACAGGGUGCACUGGAGGAGAAUUGCUCUGCCAAACCUACCAAAUCGGGCGAGGGUCUCCGCCAGUACUAUUCUCAGCACAUUCAUGAUCUACAACUCCUCCUCCGCCAAAAGACCCAUAACCUCAAUCGUCUCGAGGCUCAGCGUAACGAUCUCAAUUCUAGGGAUUUCUGGAUCUGCCCCUUAUUCAAUUGGAAUAUCUACAGUGAGGAUGCUUCGAGAAGAACUGCAGCUUCUUCAGGAGCCUGGUUCAUAUGUUGGUGAAGUUGUCAAAGUUAUGGGCAAGAGCAAAGUGCUAGUCAAGGUUCAUCCGGAAGGAAAAUAUGUUGUUGAUAUUGAUAAAAAUAUUGACAUUACGAAGCUUACUCCAUCAACUAGAGUUGCACUCCGCAAUGACAGUUAUGUGCUUCAUUUAGUUCUGCCAAGCAAAGUUGAUCCAUUGGUUAAUCUGAUGAAAGUUGAGAAAGUUCCCGAUUCUACGUAUGACAUGAUUGGUGGUCUAGACCAACAAAUCAAAGAAAUAAAGGAAGUCAUUGAGCUACCUAUUAAACAUCCUGAGCUGUUUGAAAGUCUUGGAAUAGCUCAACCAAAGGGUGUCUUGCUCUAUGGGCCACCUGGUACAGGAAAAACAUUGUUGGCUAGGGCAGUGGCACAUCAUACUGAUUGUACAUUCAUCAGGGUGUCUGGUUCUGAAUUAGUUCAGAAAUACAUCGGAGAAGGUUCUAGAAUGGUCAGAGAACUUUUCGUUAUGGCCAGGGAGCAUGCACCAUCAAUUAUCUUCAUGGACGAAAUUGACAGUAUUGGAUCUGCUCGGAUGGAAUCUGGAAGUGGCAAUGGUGAUAGUGAGGUGCAGCGCACUAUGCUUGAACUUCUCAACCAGUUGGAUGGAUUUGAAGCUUCAAAUAAGAUCAAGGUUUUGAUGGCCACAAACCGGAUUGAUAUUCUGGACCAAGCUCUCCUAAGACCUGGACGGAUUGAUCGGAAGAUUGAAUUUCCAAACCCUAAUGAAGAGUCUCGCCUGGAUAUUGUGAAAAUCCAUUCAAGAAGAAUGAAUUUAAUGCGUGGGAUUGAUUUGAAGAAGAUUGCUGAGAAGAUGAAUGGAGCAUCAGGUGCCGAGCUUAAGGCUGUGUGCACAGAAGCUGGAAUGUUUGCUUUGAGAGAGAGGAGGAUACAUGUGGCACAGGAAGAUUUUGAGAUGUCUGUGGCCAAGGUGAUGAAAAAGGAAACAGAUAAAAAUAUGUCAUUGAGGAAAUUGUGGAAAUGAUUUAUAUUCAUGUUUCAGGGGCAAACACCUUAGGGUUUUAUUUAUUUAUAUUCUUCUUGCUUAUUUUGACCUAGUUAUUAUGUAUCAAAUCAUGAUGAUUCUUUGCUUGACUUAAAAUCCAUCAAGUUUUUGUUUUUAAAA